CAUUCAAAGUUGAUCUUACGCUUGAGCAGCCAUGGGAAAACGCAAGAAAUCCUCUAGAAAACCAGCUGCGGCCACAGCGGCAAGGAGGAGGGAGCCAUUAGAUACUGCUUUCACUUGCUUGUUCUGUCAUCAUGACAAGUCCGUGACAGUGAGAGUCGACAGAAAAGAGGGCAUCGCCCAGCUAGUGUGCAGAGUGUGCGACCAGCGGUAUCAGAGCAAAGUUAACCACUUGACUGAGCCUGUGGAUAUCUAUUCAGAAUGGCUAGACGCUGCUGAUGCUGCACAGAAAGAAGAUCAUGGCACUCGCAGACCAGCUGCUUCAUCAAGCAGACCAGCUCCCGCACCACCUUCCGUCGGGAGUGAUGAUGAUUGAUCUGAGACUUGUAACUAUCUUAUCUUUUCCUCACACUGUACAAUAGCAAUUGCAAGACAGGCUGUAAAAUUAGAACCUCAUCGAUGCAUAUUCAGCCUUUAAACUUCUGUGACACACCUGAAUUAAUCUGCAAAUUUACCUAGAAUUAUCUGAAGAUGGGGAUUCCAGGGUAGAUCCUGAGCGGAUAAUAUCCGUGUUGUAUAUAUAUAUUCUGUAUGCCUGUUCUUGUCGUUGACCUGCGAGGAGUUGCAAGGGGGGAAAUUUGAGUUUACAAGCCUACUGAUUAGCUGUAGCUAAACUGCAGACAUAGUCACGGUGAUCGAAUAUUUGGCUCGAAAUGGAA